UGAGAUAAGCAGGAAUCAGAUUGCCCUGCAACACAUUAUUCCAGAUCCACUUCUUAGAGGACAGAGGAGGGACUUUUUUGACUAAGCCUGACGGACAGACGCACCAGAAACAAGAAAGGCAACAACAGGAGACCAGUCCCUGGUGGAACGUGCAGGAUCAUGGCCUACUUGUUAGAGGAAAUAGUGAGGCUUUCCCUUUCCACCCUCUCCCUGUCUGUAGGGUUUUGCCUCAUCUUGACACUGCUGAAAGUGCUCCAGCUCUACUGGAAGAAAAAAGAGCUCAUCAAAAUCUAUGAGAGUUUCCCAGGACCCCCCAGCCACUGGCUGUAUGGCCACAACCAUAAGAUCCGUCAAGAAGAAGAAUUAAACACGUUGCUGUCUUGGUCUGAAAAAUACUCCCCUGUCUUCACCAGAUGGUUUGGAGGGUUCAUGCCUGUCUUGGUCAUCACUCAUCCUGAUUUUGCCAAAGCCGUGUUUGGCCGAGGAGAUCCCAAGGGUAUGACAUCCUACGGUCCCUUAGUACCCUGGAUCGGAAAGGGAUUAUUGGUCUUAGAUGGGCCAAAGUGGUUCAAACACAGGAGGCUGUUGACUCCAGCAUUUCACUACGAUGUGUUGAAACCUUAUGUGACAUUGAUUUCUGAUUCUACCAAAGUGAUGCUGGACAAAUGGGAACAGCUAAUCAUGCAGAAGAAGUCAGUGGAGCUCUUUGAGCAUGUCAGUUUGAUGACUUUGGACAGCAUCAUGAAAUGCGCCUUCAGUUGUAGUAGCAACUGCCAGGUUGACAACGACCUGGAUUAUUACGUCCGAGCUGUGUAUGACUUGACCUACUUGGUGUUCCAAAGGUACCGCUGUUUCUUCUAUCACAGUGAUUUCCUCUAUCGAAUCAGUCCCCAAGGACGGCGUUUUCAUGAGGCCUGCAGACUAGCACAUCUCCAUACAGACAAAAUAAUAAGUGAGAGAAAGAAGUUGCUUCAAGAUGAGAGAGAGCUUGAAAAGAUCCAGAAGAAGAGAUACUUGGAUUUUCUUGAUAUUCUUCUCUGUACCAAGAAUGAAAAUGGUGAUGGACUAUCUGAUGAGGAUGUACGUGCCGAGGUGGACACGUUCAUGUUUGAAGGCCACGAUACCACAGCCAGCGGGAUCUCCUGGCUGUUGUACUGCAUGGCCCUGUAUCCAGAGCACCAGCAGAGAUGCAGAAAAGAGAUCCAGGAGAUUCUGGGAGACCGGGACACAGUUCAGUGGGAGGACCUUAGUAAGAUGAGCUACACCACCAUGUGCAUCAAGGAGAGCAUGCGCUUGUACCCACCGGCCCCUGCGGUAUGGCGACAGCUCAGUAAGCCCAUCACAUUUAUUGAUGGCCGGAGCUUGCCAAAAGACUCUCUGGUUUCAGUGAACAUUUAUGCUCUCCAUUGGAACCGAAGCGUGUGGAAAGAUCCAGAGGUGUUUGACCCCAUGAGGUUUUCUCCGGAGAACUCCUCCCGGAGGCAUUCACAUGCGUUCCUGCCCUUUGCAGCUGGAUCCAGGAACUGCAUCGGGCAGCAGUUUGCCAUGAACGAGAUGAAAGUGGCUCUCGCCCUGACCCUGCUCCGCUUUGAACUCUCCCCCGACCUGGCCAAGCCCCCCAAGCCAAUCCCGCAGCUCGUCCUCAAGUCCCAGAACGGGAUACACCUGUUCUUAAGGAAACUUCACGGAGACCAUGGAAACUAGGGAACCAUGCUUUCUGUCCAGCGUUUGUCUGCUUUCCUCUGGGACCCUGUCUGUAGCAGCAAUUCAUACAUCUAAACAAGCAUCGCCUUCAGCAACCUGGUGCCUCUGAGACUCCAAAUGCUUGUGCACCAGCAUAUCCUCAAGAACUGAAGCAGUACAUGAGGACGCCGCUUCCAGUAUGUUUGCAAAGUUGUGAGCAUCUCCGAGAUGAGUAGUGUGUUACGCCUCAGCUCUGUGUUCUUGGGCAACCCUGGCACAGGAUGCAGUCUGUCUGACUCACAAAGGACUCGCCCCCCCUCCCUCCCCUCCUCUACUAAACGAAACUGAUUAAGAUGCAGUGAGAGACACACCUAAAACUCUCCAGAUAAGGGUGAUAAGAGUGAAACAACUGCCCUCGGUCUCAUCUGCAUCUGAGAUGGAACCAGAUGACCAUUCAUUUACAUGAGAGAUGGAAAACAGAAAGCCUGAAGCAGAAACUGCAGUGAAUUCUGGGACCAGAGAAGCAGGAGAGCGCUGCAUGAUGGGGAAUCUGUGCUUCCAAUGUUAAUCAACCCAUGUUCACACACACCCAGCUCAGCAUUUAUCAGACCAGUUCUAAUCUGGAUUUGCUAAGGACUAUCCCCCCCCCCAGACACACACACACACCUCUAAGUUUAAUAGGCAUCUCGGGCCGUACAUUCCCCGGUCCCACUAUGGGAGGCCUAUUUAAACUUGAUUGACUAAAACUCGGUUGCCGGGUUAGGGAAUGCUGAGGCAAGAGACCGAGUCCGAGGGGGUACAGGCAACAUUGGAACAAUGGUUAAGGGUUCAUCACAGCAUCCAGCCUGCUGGAGCCCUAAUCCCAGGUGUUGUCGUAUCUUUCCCGAGACGACUGGUGGGAGUCCUCUGCACAAAAGGUUAUGAGCACCCCAAUAAUUGCUUUAAGUCUGUUAAAAGACUAUAGUAAAAUCUGGAAAAGUCAUGCUAAGCUGAGGCUUGUGCACAACAAGUAAAAAUCCCAAAUCCUGAUGCUGCAAGCUAUCUAUUGUUCCUGAAGAAACCAUGAAAUAUCCCAUCGGUAUAUCUGCCAUCCAUAGGAAUCUCAAGCUGGCUCCCAAGUAUUUGGGUUACUCCCUAAUCUUAAGUGUUUCCUGAUUAUCAAUCAGUUUCCUGAGAUGGUCCAAACCAGAUAACCCCUUGUCGAUAGAAAAGACAAUGAUUUACACUACUGAAGCUGCUUCAAAGCAGCUGAACUGAGGGUAUAAAAAUCUGUAAGUGUGUGUGCUUAAAGAAAGAGAAAGAAAAAGAAGAAGCAGGAGGAAAGAGGGAGAAAAGGAAAGAAGAAGAAAACUCCUGUGCUGACACCAUCCCCUGUUAUUCUUGGUACACUGGAAGAACAGAUCGUCUCUCUCUUCAAGGAUUGUGCUACGGACUGUGCCUGUCAGCUUUGCAGCCUGCGUACCGUGGACUCGGUGAGAUUCCCAGCGUUCUCUCUCGUCUGUCUAGGCAUAAACUUCUGAACCUGCACUGUAUUAGUUAAGCUUGAGCUAAGUUUCCCCAAAUACUCAGUGAAACCAGAAUAUUAUUGUCAUUGUUUGUGUUUGUUUUUCUUUUGCAUGGCUAUUACUACUAGUACUAUUAUAUAUUUCAUAUGCUUAGCAAUAAAUAACUUUUAUAGGCAAA